AUGGAGCGAUAUGUUAAAACUCAGGUAAUGGGAGAAAUCAAGAUUGCAUUGAAGAAGGAAAUGAAGACAGAGGGUGAACAACUAAUAGUUGAAAUUCUGCAAUGCAGAAAUAUUACAUACAAAUUCAAGUCUCCUGAUCAUUUACCAGAUUUAUACGUGAAAAUAUAUGUGAUGAACAUCUCUACUCAGAAAAAGGUGAUCAAGAAAAAAACAAGAGUAUGCAGACAUGAUCGAGAGCCUUCAUUCAAUGAAACCUUUAGAUUCAGUCUAAGUCCUGCAGGACACUCUCUACAGAUUUUGCUUUUCUCCAAUGGAGGGAAGUUUAUGAAAAAGACCUUGAUUGGUGAGGCCUGUAUCUGGCUUGACAAAGUGGAUCUCAGAAAAAGAAUAGUCAACUGGCACAAACUUUUGGUCAGUCCUACUCAAACGCAUUGA